UCUAAUUUGGGAUUCAUUUUAUCCCCUUGGCACGUGCAGCUAUCUCCAUAAAUAAUAUUUGCAAUAUAUUACCAAUAUAUAUUCUAGAGAUAAAUAUUCUUAUUUGGUACCGCAACUCCUCCAAAGGCUGCAUGGUAGUGGGAGGCUUACGUUGUACAAACGUACACAAUUGCAUUAAAGCUGAGUAAGAUAACUUCAAUCAACAUUCUAACUAACGAUGUAUGAUGAUUGUAUCGUGUGCCAUUCCCAAGAACGGUUCGACUUUUACGUGAAUUCUUGCUUUGUAACAUUUAUAAAAGAUGACCUCCGCUCAGGAAAAUAUUAGAGAUUCUAAGAACAUUAUACAAUUUAUCAUCAAUGAACAAAGUUAUAUUGUAAAAGAAGAUAUUCCGCCUGAUACUACUCUGAAUAUCUUUAUUCGAGAUUAUGCUAAACUACGAGGAACUAAAGCUAUGUGCCUCGAAGGAGGUUGUGGUGCAUGUAUUGUAUCAGUAAAAGUUAAGGAUGAGGAUAUAUCUGUGAAUUCUUGUUUAGUACCAAUUCUUAUUUGCAAUGGAUGGAUCAUAAAAACAAUUGAAGGUUUGGGUAAUAAGAAAAAUGGCUAUCAUACUUUACAGACAGGAUUAGCAGGAAAAAAUGGUUCUCAAUGUGGUUUUUGCUCACCUGGAAUGAUAAUGAAUAUGUAUAGUCUCUUAAAAAAAAAAAAUUUAACAAUGAAGCAAAUAGAAAAUUCGUUUGGAAGUAAUAUAUGUCGUUGUACUGGCUAUCGACCGAUUCUAGAUACAUUUAAAGCAUUCGCCAAUGAUGCUGAGGAAAAUCUUGUUAAAGAUAUUCAAGAUAUUGAAGAAUUAUUUAAUAUAAAAACUUGUAAAAGAAUUAAUGCGUUGUAUGAAAAUAGUUGUAAUUGUUGUUGCACAGUCAUUCAGAAGACAGAACAUAAAAUUGAUAUGAAAUUGGAUAAUAGUGAGUUUCAUAAAAUUCUAUCAAUUGAUGAUUUGUUUGCAUUAUUUCAAAAGAAUUCAAAUGCAAGCUACAUUUUACAUGGUGGCAAUACUGCACAUGGUGUGUAUCGAUCGAAAAUACCAGAUAUAAUUAUUGAUAUAAACGAUAUAUCUGAUUUGCGUAAUAUAAGAAAAGAUAAUGAUACUUUAACUAUUGGAGGCAAUGUCUCCCUUACUGUAGCAAUGGAAACUUUUGAAAAAUAUUCAAAAGAACCAGGAUUUAAAUAUUUACAGCAUUUGGCUAAACAUAUUGAUUUAAUUGCUAGUGUUCCUGUGAGAAAUAUUGGAUCUGUAGCAGGAAAUUUAAUGAUUAAAUACGAGCAUCGAGAAUUUCCAUCAGAUUUAUUUUUAAUUUUGGAAACUGCGGGAGCACAAUUGCAUAUAGUGGAAGUUGGUGGCAAGAAAACUGCCAUGACAUUACUUGAAUUUUUAAACUGUAAUAUGAAACAUAAAAUUAUAUACAGUAUAAUAUUGUCGGCUCUUGGCGAGGAUUACGAAUACAGAUCUUAUAAAAUAAUGCCGCGAUCACAAAAUGCUCAUGCUGCUGUAAACGCAGCAUUCUUGUUUAAAUUGGAUGGAAGUGGAAAAGUACUGGAGAAGCCAAACAUUAUCAUAGGUGGAAUAAACAAAAAUUUCUUGCAUGCUUCAAAAACUGAAAAUUUUUUAUUCGGGAAAUUCAUCUUUGAGGAGAACAUAGUUAAACAAGCUUUAGAUAUAUUAGAUGCGGAGAUACAACCUGACUAUGUUUUGCCUGAUUAUUCUCCAAAAUUUAGAAAAAUACUUGCAGAAGGUCUUUUCUACAAAUUUAUUUUAAGUAUUAAACCAGAAAAUGUGAAUCCAACAUUACGCAGUGGUGGAUCUAUUUUAGAGCGUGGAUUGUCUUCUGGAAAACAAAAUUACGAUACAAAUAAAUAUCUAUGGCCUUUGAAUCAGCCUUUGCCAAAAAUGGAAGCUAUAUAUCAAACAUCGGGUGAAGCACAUUAUACAAAUGAUUUUCCACCAUUUCCAAAUGAAGUUUUUUGUGCUUUUGUUCUUACCACAGUAGCUAAUGGAAAAAUAAAGAACAUCGAUGCUUCUGAAGCAUUGAAAAUGAAAGGAGUAAUAGCAUUCUAUACAGCUAAAGAUAUUCCUGGAAAAAAUUUAUUUAUACCAGCAAAUGCUCAAUUAUUAUUCUUGAAUUUUGAUGAAGUACUUUUUGUAGAUACAAAUAUUGAAUAUGCUGGACAGCCAAUCGGAGUAAUUGUUGCUACAACUUUUACAAUUGCUAAUCAAGCAGCACAAAUAGUAAAUGUUUCCUAUAUUGAUUUCAUACCAGAAAAAAUAUUAUUAACGAUUGAGGAUAUACUUGCAUUGAAUGAUAAUACCAGAGUAUAUGAAUCAGCUAAUUCCAUUGCACAAACCAAAGGAAAUGAUGUGAAACAUGUAAUAAAAGGAACAUUUAGAAACGGAAGUCAAUAUCAUUUCACUAUGGAAACUCAAACAUGCGUUUGUGUGCCAAUAGAGGAUGGAAUAGACGUUUUUGCUGCAACUCAAUGGAUGGAUCUCACCCAAGUAGCCAUAGCUCAGUGUCUUAAUAUAAAAAAUAAUAAUAUUAACAUUAAUGUGAGGAGAUUAGGAGGUGCUUAUGGUGCAAAAAUAUCUCGUGCUACACAAAUUGCUUGUGCUUGUGCUUUAGUAUGCUAUAAAUUAAAUCGACCAGUUAGAUUCAUUAUGUCGAUAGAAAGCAAUAUGCUCGCUAUAGGAAAACGAUAUGAUACUCGUCAAGAAUAUGAAAUUGGUGUAAAUGAUGACGGUCAAAUUCAAUAUUUGAAUUCAAAACACUGGGGCAACAGUGGUUCCAAUUUUAACGAAUUUCAUGCUCCUACAGUUGUAGAACAAAUGAAAAAUUGUUAUGAUUACACUACUUGGACUUAUCAAGGCUUUGAAGUUAAAACUGACUUGCCUUCCAAUACUUUUUGUCGAGCUCCAGGUUCAACAGAAGGUAUAGCUAUAAUAGAAAACAUAAUGGAACACAUAGCAAAAACUGUUGAAAAAGAUCCAUUAGAAGUUAGAUAUGCAAACAUGAUUGAGGAUCAUAAAAAAGUAUUACAGCCUAUGAUAGAAGAACUAUGUCAGAAUGCGGAUUAUGAUAUCAGAAAAAGAGCUGUAGAUAUUUUUAAUGCUGAAAAUCGAUGGAAGAAGAAAGGAAUAAGUUUGAUACCUAUGACGUAUCCUUUGACUAUUUUUGGUCAAUUUCAUGCACUUGUUUCGAUUUAUGCACGAGAUGGCACAGUUUCUGUUACCCAUGGAGGAAUUGAGUGUGGUCAGGGAAUUAAUACUAAGGUAGCUCAAGUAGCAGCACAUACUUUAGGUAUUGACUUAUCAUUGAUCACUGUAAAAGCAAGCAACAAUUUAACAUCUCCAAAUAAUAUGGUUACUGGUGGUAGUGUUACCAGUGAGACUUGUGCAUAUGCAACUAUGAUGGCUUGCAAAGAACUAGUUCAGAGAUUAGAACCUAUUAAAAAGGAGUUGGAAAACUUUUCUUGGCAAAAAUUAGUAUUAACAGCACACUUAAGAGAUAUUGAUUUAUGUGCGCGAUACAUGUUUACUGUAAAAGAUGAUAUAAAAUCAUAUCCAAUAUAUGGGGCAACUAUAGCAGAAGUUGAGAUUGAUGUAUUGACCGGACAACAUAUUAUACACAGAGUAGAUUUAAUUGAAGAUGUUGGAAGGAGUAUGAAUCCAGAACUAGAUUUGGGACAAGUGGAAGGUGCUUUCACAAUGGGUCUCGGAUAUUGGACUUACGAACAGCUAAUUUAUGAUCCGAAAACUGGUCAAUUAACAAAUUAUAGAACUUGGAAUUAUAAACCACCAGGUGCAAAGGACAUUCCUGUCGAUUUUCGAGUUUAUUUCCGUAGAAAUAGUACUAAUCCAUUAAGUGUUCUUCGUUCAAAAGCUACUGGUGAACCACCAUUAUGUAUGAGUUAUGCGAUACCUAUUGCAAUUCAUAAUGCACUUAAUUCAGCAAGAAAAAAUGCUGGAAAUAAUGAUUCAUGGUACAAUCGAGAAUAUCCUCUUACAAUAGAAAAGAUUUUAUUAGAUAGUUUAACUACUAAAGAACAAUUAGUACUUUAAAAAUUUAUAUUUUCAAUAAAAUAUUUAACAAUU